AGGGCCGCGGAAUGCGAGCACUAACACCGAACAUAGGUUCAGGCAGCAAAGAAAAAUUAAGGUUCGGCUUUCUCCCAGCCCCCAGGCGCGGAGGCGAGAGCGGCAAACGCAGCAGUUCAUAACAGUGAGCAACUUGCAGAGUUCGGAGUUCACCAAGCAAGCAAGCUUAGUUAAGCUUUUGAUUUUUUUUCUUCUUCCCCCCACCACCUUGACAAAGCGCGGAUUCCCGUCCGCUCAAUCUUAUCAAUCUGCAUCGGAUAGAAAGGCACGUACAGUGCGCUAGCGGCGUCACCAAGGAUCUUUGACGAAACCAUGGCGUCGGAUCUGCACUCCAACGCGGCCGCACAGUUUUAUACUGGGCCUUCCAAGCAGUCUUGGAUCUCCAAGGGCAAGAUGAUUUCGUCUCUGAGAGGCCUCGCUGAGCGCCUUGCUCCCAAUGGCUCGUCUUCGACUCUUGGCGGCUUCACCAAGGCAAAGACCGCGCUAGACUUGUUCCCCAAAACCGAUCCGAAAAUUGAUGGGGACGAAUGCUUAAGGGAUUGUGAUAGCUGCACGGUGCAUCUGCCCAAAAAUUUCAAGAUCGACGAGGACGAGGAGUUGUACGGGCAUGUGAAGGGCUGGAGCAGGCAUAUUCUUUGUGCAACAGGCAAGACAGAUUGGGUGCGCGAUGUCAGCGACGAGAAGGGCAGUAUCAUGGAGGCUGUCGGGAAACAUGACGGUCUGCACGAAGGGAAACUAAUGCUCUCGGCCUCAAAUAUCCCGGUGCCUGAGAACCCAGAGGUCCCAAACUCGACGACCGUCCUCCUUCUCCCUGCCUUCACCAUAAUUGAGAACGUAACCCCGUCAAGUGUCCCGGGCCUCAUAACACACGUCAUAAAUUCGGCGCCCAAAAACACAGACCCUUUGGGCGAACCGAAUCAGGUUACCAGCGCAGUGACGUCUGAACCAUCGAUACCUCCGGAACUCAAGUUGAAAGUACGGCCAUGCCCACACAACUAUCUCAUCCUCCUCUGCUCUCAAAAGACGCGUGAUGCGCGCUGCGGACAAUCAGCGCCAUUGCUGCGCAAGGAGUUCGAAAGACAUCUGCGGCCGCUGGGUCUGUACCGCGAUCUCCACGACGAGCGACCGGGCGGUGUCGGCAUAUAUUUCAUUUCGCACGUGGGGGGUCACAAGUUCUCUGCGAAUGUGAUGAUAUACCGGCGAGCCUCAGCGCCAAAACUAGACGGCGAGGCGUGUGAGACCGAAAAGGAAGAGCACAAGGUGGACGAGGUCAAGGCUCACCCGGGUAGCAAAGAAGCCCAGGAGGUGAACCUCGGUGCAUCCCAAUGCAUUUGGAUUGCCAGAGUCAGGCCGGAGGACUGUGAGAACAUCGUCAAGUACACGGUGUUGCAAGGCAAAGUGCAUAAGCCGGAGUAUCAGCUGCGAGGCGGAUUUGAUAGAAGCAAGCAGCUUAUCAGUUGGUGAAGGCACAGCGCGAUUCGAUGAGGUUCUAUGGACAAAUGUUCUGGAAACGCUUACUUGCUUGGACAUGUUGGAACCAAGCCUUAUGUCGUCCACUUGGCAAGGUUGCUCGGAAUAAGCAUCUGAAGCGUCUUCAGCUGCUUCCGAUGAGCAGCUUUCCGCAGCUCGAGAAUCAUCGGGUCCGAAAUGGCCGUCGUGUCCUUGCGCCGCUUAUUCUGGCCGUAAACGAUCGUAAAGUCCUCGAUGACAGUGUUGGGGGCUAUUCGUGCAUGAGGAAGGAUCUUGCAAAACUAGAGAGAUCACUCGUAUUAGUUGUAGGCGUGAGAUAGUCCUAAUAAGACGCAACUCUACCUUUCCAA